GCUAGCCAAACCACAACUCAAAUAUUUCUCCACAUAUUCUAAUAGUUAGAGUCAAGAAAUAGUGAGAAAGCUAGAAAGAGUUUGAUAGGCAUGGCAAAGGGUACUUACAUUCUAAGUAUUCUCAUCGUCUUCUUCUUCUCCUUAGCCAUUGUUGCUCACUCUUCAUGUACGUAUAACGUGAAACUAAAGACCGGAAAUGUGGAAAGAGCUGGAACAGAUGCUAGGAUUUUGCUUCGUCUGUAUGACAAGAAUGGCAAUUCAAUAGAUGCUCCAAGUUUGAGAAGGUAUAGGGAUGGACCAGAUUCAAGGGACUACUUUGAGAAGGGUCAGUUGGACAAAUUUAAAAUCCCCGGAAGAUGCCUCAAAAUUUGCAAAAUGGAAUUGAGCCACAACAAUGGUGGUGAUCACCCUGGCUGGUACGUUGACUACUUGGAAGUCACCGUUGUUAACGACCAGACGGGGAAAAGCUCCGCCGUAAAGAGGUUCAACAUUAAGCGAUGGCUUGCCAAAGAUGCACCUCCUUAUUACUCAACCUCAGUCGUCAAGGGUAAAUGCUAAAUUGCUUAUUUGAAUGACUCUAAGGUUACAUGUAUGGCUAAAUUAUGCUCGUUGCUUUUAAAAAUGUAAUAACUUGAAUAGCAUAUGCAGUUAUAAAUACUUGUAUGCUAUAACAUUCUCCGGAUGUUGUCUAUGGUUCAAUUUCUUAGUUCGUGUUUGUGUUGUUAUCCUCCAGGAAAGAACGGGUGAUGAGUAUGUGUACAUUCGUUCUAUAUGUAUCUGUAAUAAUAAUAUCCGUGUAUGUCUUGUUCAAAUUUAAGUAUCGUGUUACAUUAUGUUUGUUUAA